CAUUGUGCGCUGUGCGGUCGUGUGGUACUAUACUAUUAUACUACAAUACUACUGUCAAUAGGACGUUUUAACUUACAGCACUGUGGCAUGCUAGUUGAUUCAAUCUACCUGUGGGAGCUAAAAUCUGUACAUUUUGGAUCACAGACCUUUACACUUUUCAUUUAUCUGCCAUGGAUGUUGGGGAAUUGCUCAACUACCAGCCGGACCGUGGCACAAAGCGUCCCCGCAAAGAUGAGGGGGAGGGGGAGCUGCUAGGCAGACAGAAGCUGGCGGGACUGAGGGAACCUGGCUGGCCCCAGGAAGGGGACAGCGAGGACAACAGUGACAAGAAGAAACUUUUGGAAAAGCUCAUGGACCACGAUGAGGAUCUGGAGUCUGAACCUGUGGAUGAAAGCUCUGUAAAGAAGAUGAUUCUGACGUUUGAGAAGAGGGCCUAUAAAAACCAGGAACUGCGGAUUAAGUUUCCCGACAACCCUGAAAAGUUCAUGGAGUCAGAGCUGGAUCUGAAUGAUAUUAUCCAGGAGAUGCAUGUGAUUGCCACCAUGCCAGACCUCUAUCACCUGCUUGUCGAGCUGAAUGCAGUCCAUUCCUUCCUCGGGUUACUUAGCCAUGAGAACACUGAUGUAGCCAUCGGAGUGGUAGAUCUGUUGCAGGAACUGACAGAUAUUGAUACGCUUCAGGAGAGCGAGGAAGGGGCUGAAGUGCUUAUUGAUGCUUUGGUGGAGGGGCAAGUGGUGGCGUUACUGGUGCAGAACAUGGAGCGGCUAGAUGAGCAGGUGAAGGAGGAGGCAGAUGGCGUCUACAACACACUUGGUAUAAUUGAGAAUGUGGCUGAAUUCAGACCUGGAAUGUGCACAGAAGCUGCUCAGCAGGGCCUAAUGCAGUGGCUGUUAAAAAGAAUAAAGGCAAAAAUGCCAUUUGAUGCAAACAAGCUGUACUGCAGUGAAAUCCUAGCCAUCUUGCUCCAGAACAACGAAAACACCAGGGAUCUGCUGGGAGAACUGGACGGGAUCGACGUUUUACUGUAACAGCUUUCUGUGUUCAAGCGGCCCAAUCCGUCCACCGUAGAGGAGCAGGAGAUGAUGGAGAACCUCUUUGUCUCUCUGUGCUCCUGUCUCAUGUUGGCAUCCAAUCGGGAACGCUUCCUGAAGGGAGAGGGUCUGCAGCUCAUGAACCUCAUGCUAAGAGAGAAGAAGACGUCUCGGAUAAGUGCCCUCAAAUUGUUGGACCAUGCCAUGAUUGGCCCAGAGGGGUCAGAUAACUGCCGCAAGUUUGUAGACAUCCUGGGGCUACGGACUAUCUUUCCCCUCUUCAUGAAAACCCCCAAGAAAAUGAAGAAAGCUGGCUUCUCUGACAAGGAGCAUGAAGAGCAUGUGUGUUCCAUUAUUGCCACAAUGCUGCGGAACCUGAAGGGCCAGCAGAGAACGCGUCUCCUGAGCAAAUUCACAGAGAACGACUGUGAGAAGGUUGACAGGCUGAUGGAGCUGCAUUUUAAAUACCUGGAAGCAGUGCAGGUGGCCGAUAAGAAGAUUGAAGGAGAGAAACAUGAUAUGGUGCGCCGAGGCGAGAUUAUUGAAGACUCCAUGGAAGAAGAAUUCUAUCUGCGUCACUUGGAUGCUGGGCUCUUUGUCCUUCAGCUGCUCUGCUACAUCAUGGUGGAGAUUAGCAGUGCCGGCAUUCCCCAGCUUCAACAGAGAGUGCACCAGAUUCUGAACUUGCGAGGCGGCUCAGUCAAAGUUGUGCGACACGUCUUGAGGGAGUUUGCGGAAAACCUAGGAGAUGGCAAGAGUGAAGAAUUUAAAGGAAACGAGAAAAAGACCAUUCUUGACUUACUAGAAAACUUCUAACCUAUCAUACUUAACUGUGAAACAAGUGUUCUGAACAUCUAGAUCAAUGGAGGAAAUGUUGUAAUUCACUGGUACCUUGUAACGGUUUAAGACUAAGUUCCAGGCAAACCUUUUUUUGUUGUCAUGGUUUUACUGUACUUCUUGACCUGUAUGGAAGCAGGAUGUUGAUGCUAAUGUCUGUAGAGACAUGUUCUUGAAUGGCAUUCCAAGCGGCGCUUUAAAAAAAAAAAAAAAAAAAAGUAAUUCAGACCCUUGUUUAAGGAUGUGUCUUUUACAUACCUUCUUAACAACAUUUUUUGUUUUGUUUGUGGAUGUAAAUUACUUAUUUUAGAUAUG